UGUACCGCCAUGGCGUCGUGUCUCUGCUCUCUCAGUAACAGAAAGUGGCCGCCUCUCCGCCGCCGCCGCUGCCGACUCAAAGCUCAACAGAACUCGCUCGGCGCCCUUCACCGCCAUUUUGGAGUCAGGGAACCGAGAGUCGGCAGCGGCGACGAGAGAGACGCUAAAAGGGGGCCGAGGUGAGAGACUCCGUGCUUGGAUGUUACGGCGAAGGGGGGGAAGAUGGCCGGGAGGGAGAAAGAAUUAAAAACAUGGGGAUCGUUCACCACACUGCUGAGCCCCCGCUGCAAGGGCACUCCAGGGGCGGGCGGAGGGCCUUGUCGUCCCUGCAAGGCGGCUACCUGUUCCAACAAUAAAAGCAUGAAAGCUACACCUUAGUAGAUAGUUUCGGGGUGGAGGUGGUGGCCUUAAAGAAACAGGGCGGACUUGAUGACUUCAUAUUAAUGCUGGAAUCAUGGUUAAUGACGCCUCUUGUUGAGAAGUAAAAGUCCCUGGCCAGCAGUGGGACGAGGGGUGGUCGCCUAUCUGUACCGUAUGGCGACGGGGGAGGGUGGGCGGCCGGAGGUCGGAGCAGCGGGCGGCUCGGGCCUGGCCAAACCUCUCUACCUGCAACGCCUGGAGCGGUCCUUGAGGCUAGACAGCUUCUUACGCCAGUCGGCCACCAUCUUUAACGGAGACAUCACCAGUGAUGACAGUGACGACAGUGAUGGCGCUAUCGGGUCUGGGCUCUCCAUGGACACCUGCUCUGGGCAACACACCACUAUAACGGUGAAAAGUGAGCCGUGUGACCAAGGGGAAGAUUCCCUGGAAGGCAAGCCCCUCAAUGGCGUCCUACUGCAAGCUCACGAACAAAUGACAAACUACUACAAUUUCUCCAAAAUGAAGAAGAACCGCAAAUGGCUGAAGAGCAUACUGUUGACCGACAACACCACGGAAUCGGACACGGACUCAGACGACUCGGACUUCAGUUUGUCGCGGGAGGAGCUCCACGACAUGCUGAGGCUGCAUCGCUACACCAGGCAGCACCAGAGCAAGUUCCAUACCGAUCCCGAGCUUCAGCAGUACCAGUUCUACAGCACAGGUCUUCUCUCCUCUCAAGACCUGUUCCGCGAGCAACAGCGCCACCUGCUGGGCCCAAAGAAGAAGAAAAUCAAAGAUGAGAAGAAAUUCAAAGGAAAGCUGAAAAAAGUAAAGAAGAAAAAGAAACGGGGCGAAGCAGACUUUACGGACGAUGGUUUUCCUUAUUUCAACAAGACCUUUGCUAAGUUUUCCCAUGAUGCACCAGCGCUGAUGGUGAAGAAAAAGCAUCUGACUGUGGAGCAGCUGACUGCACGACGACGCAAAGUGUGGCUGACUAUUGCCAAGAAGGAGAUCCCCAAGUCUUUCAAGCAAAAGACCUCUGCUAAGAACCUUGUUUUGACCAAUGCUAAAAAAUUGGCGCACCAGUGCAUGCGGGAGGUCCGACGCGCCGCCAUCCAGGCCCAGAAGAACUGCAAGGAAACGCUGCCCCGUGCCCGCCGCCUCACCAAGGAAAUGAUGCUCUACUGGAAGAAGUACGACAAAGUGGAGAAGGAACACCGGAAGAGGGCCGAGAAGGAGGCUCUGGAACAACGGAAACUGGACGAGGAAAUGAAAGAGGCCAAGCGCCAGCAGCGCAAACUCAACUUCCUCAUCACCCAGACGGAGCUGUACGCCCACUUCAUGAGCGGCAAAGCCUCGGAAGGUGGCCCAGGAGGAGAUGAAGCGCAAGAGGAGAUUCUAAAGAAAAUGGACGACGCCAGCAGCAACAGGAAGAUUGACAUCGGAGGAGGCGUGAUGGUCAACAUGAGUCAGGAGGACUACGACAGCGAAUACUACAAGUCUCAGGCUUUAAGCAACGCCCAAGAGGCCUACCACAUCCAUCAGGCGAGAACCCGAAUGUUCGACGAAGACGCCCAGGACAGCCGGCAUGCGUCUCUGCACACUGCCACUGCCGGGGCGCCGUCCUCUUCCGCCGCUUAUGGCUUUGGCGAGAGCUACAGCCUGUCAAAUCCGUCCAUCAAGGCUGGUGAGGACAUCCCUCAGCCUAUCAUCUUCAAUGGCAAGCUGAAGGGCUACCAGCUGAAAGGCAUGAACUGGCUCGCCAACCUCUAUGAGCAGGGCAUCAAUGGCAUCCUAGCAGAUGAAAUGGGGCUUGGGAAGACGGUCCAGAGCAUCGCACUGUUGGCUCACCUAGCAGAGAGAGACAACAUCUGGGGUCCUUUCCUUAUCAUCUCACCAGCGUCCACCCUCAACAACUGGCAUCAGGAGUUCACACGCUUUGUGCCCAAAUUCAAGGUGUUGCCGUACUGGGGAAACCCUCAUGAACGUAAAGUGAUUCGUAAAUUCUGGAGCCAGAAAACGCUGUACACUCAGAAUGCACCGUUCCACGUGGUGAUCACAAGCUACCAGCUGGUGGUCCAGGAUGUCAAGUACUUCCAGAGAGUCAAGUGGCAGUACAUGGUUCUGGACGAGGCGCAGGCACUGAAAAGCAGUACCAGCGUGCGGUGGAAGAUCCUCCUGCAGUUUCAGUGUCGAAACAGGCUGCUCCUUACUGGCACGCCUAUCCAAAACACAAUGGCGGAGCUGUGGGCCCUGCUCCAUUUCAUCAUGCCCACAUUGUUCGAUUCCCACGAAGAGUUCAACGAGUGGUUCUCCAAGGACAUCGAGAGCCACGCAGAGAACAAGUCGGCCAUCGACGAGAACCAGCUUUCGCGACUGCACAUGAUCCUAAAGCCUUUCAUGCUGCGCAGGAUAAAGAAGGAUGUGGAGAAUGAGCUAUCAGACAAGAUUGAGAUCCUUACCUACUGCCAGCUGACGUCUCGACAAAGGUUGCUCUACCAGGCCCUUAGGAACAAGAUCUCCAUUGAGGACUUGUUGCAGUCCUCAAUGGGCACGGCACAGCAGGCCCACAGCACUACGUCCUCCCUCAUGAACCUGGUCAUGCAGUUCAGGAAGGUUUGCAAUCACCCUGACUUGUUUGAGCGCCAGGAUACUCGCUCUCCUUUCCACAUGUCGCUUACACCCUACGUCCUGUCUAAGUUUCUUUACCGCCACGGCCUCCUCCAUACUCACAGCCAAGCCAAGGACAAGUUACUGCGAGUGCUUCUGUCUCCCUUCUCCCCAAACAACAUCCAGCAGUCUCUCUUUCACAGACGAGGGGAUGAUCAAGGGAGAUGUUUUUCAUUUCUACGCUUUAUCGACGUGUCACCGGCCGAGAUGUCCAACCUCAUGCUGCAAGGCAACUUAGUCAGAUGGUUAGCUCUUUUUCUGUCUCUGAAGGCAGCUUACCGGCUGCAUUCUCAGCGGCUGUUUGACCUCCAGGAAGAAACCAACAAUGAAGCACUUGACAAGAGUACAAGGUUACGGAGGUCUUCAAGUCGGCAUCUGUCUCGCAAAGACCUCAUCCUGUGGAUCAACAGCCCCACCGCCUUCCCCAACACGCACUCUAGCCCUGUGAUACAGAACCUGGUCUUCACGACCCUCAGGCCCGGCUUGGUGGGACACUCGGAUGUGAUGAUCCGCUGCAGACGCUCCUCCACCUCCAGGUUGUGGACCUGCCAGCCCACGCUUCCACCCAAGUUCCUGCUCAGCGCCACGCCCAGGGUGAUCUCAGUUCCCAUGGAGCGCUAUUCCGCCGACCGCAGCGCCGAGCACGAAUGGCGGGAGACGCGCGUUGGCGGGGGCACAGUCUUUAAGGAGUGCUUCCUGUACGGCACGCCGGAGCUGGCCUGUGAUUGGCGCCAGAGGGCCCGUGCCUUCUUCCCGCAGUGCCCUGGCGGCAUCAUGGCCCUCUACCCUCAACAUGGUUGGUCCUACAUCCGCAUACCAGAUAAGGAGAGUCUGAUCACGGAAAGCGGCAAGCUUCACACCUUGGAUGUCUUGUUGAGUCGACUAAAGGCACAGGGACAUCGAGUCCUUAUCUACUCCCAAAUGACUCGCAUGAUCGACCUGCUCGAGGAGUACAUGGUGUACCGCAAGCACACCUACAUGCGCCUGGACGGAUCCUCCAAAAUCUCCGAGCGCAGAGACAUGGUGGCAGACUUCCAAAGUCGGACGGACAUCUUUGUGUUCCUGCUGAGCACCAGGGCUGGCGGGCUGGGCAUUAACCUAACUGCUGCAGACACUGUUAUCUUCUACGACAGCGACUGGAACCCCACAGUGGACCAGCAGGCCAUGGACCGAGCCCACCGCCUAGGUCAGACCAAGCAGGUGACUGUCUAUCGGCUUAUCUGCCAGGGCAGCAUAGAGGAGCGCAUCCUGCAGCGGGCCAAGGAGAAGAGCGAGAUCCAAAGGGUUGUGAUUUCUGGCGGUAACUUCAAACCUGACACGCUGAAACCCAAAGAGGUCGUCAGCCUGCUGCUAGACGAUGACGAGCUGGAGAAGAAACUGCGUCAGAGGCAAGAAGAGAAGCGGCAGCAGGAGGAGAGCAGCAAAGUGAAGGAGCGCAAAAGGAAGAGGGAGAAGUAUGCUGAGAAGAAGAAGACGGAGGAGUCGGAGAACAAGAAGAGGAAGGAGACCAACCUCGUCAUCUCACACACGCCCUCGGCUGACAACUCCAACUUGUCUGCGGACGGAGACGACUCCUUCAUCAGUGCAGAAAUGGACUCGGCCAUGCCCAGCCCCUUUAGCGAGCCUGUGUGCAUGUCUGUGUGUGCUCUUGUUGCCCAACAGAUCUCGCUGAGCAGCGAGCUUCAGCCCGGCUCCCUGCCCCCAGACGCAGACGCCGACGAGAGCAGCAGUGACAUGUUGGUCAUCGUGGACGAGCCAUUGUCGUCUGCACAGCAGUCGCGUGCCACCAACUCCCCCGUGUCCGUUUCUGGCUCCGUCUCCGACAACAUGAAUGGUGUUUCUGCCUCAGACACAAUCAGUCCCGGCAGAGGCAGGUCAGGUCGGAGUCGAGGACGUCCGAAAGGAUCGGGAGGUGGGCCCAAGAGUGGGUGCAAAGGGCGUGGACGCAAGUCAACAGCAGGCAGCGCGGC